AUGACGAGUCUUCCGGAAGAGAAGCAUAAUACGUCUCAUAGCUCAAGUAGCAUAAGCAAGCAUUACCACGCGCACUAUGAAGCUCACAAGAUCAUCAUCAUGAUCAUGAUCAUCAAUGUCUCCAGAGAAAGCAAGAUAUCCGGAGAGAGGACUCUGCAUUUUCUACUUUGUGUGGCUUCGGACAAUAUGUGA